AUGAACAUUGGAGAUAAUAACGCACUGAUUGUUGAUGCCAUGGCAAUAUUACAAGCACUGAAAGGGAAAUGGAAAACAUUUGGGGAGUUUGCGGAUUCGAUAUUCCAUUAUUUGGUGAAGCUGGCAAGGGAAUGCAAAGCUAAUAGACUUGACUUUGUUGCUGACAGGUACCCUGCAAUAAGUAUCAAGAACUCGUAAAGUCCAAGAGGGCUGCUCAAGGCGUCCAGAGAGUACACAUUUUAAACAAAAACCAAAACAUUCCAAAGCAGUGGAAAAAGUACUUAAGCUCUGGAGAAAACAAGGAAUCGUUAAUCGCGUUCCUAUGUGAUCACUGGAGGAGUUACAUUUCCUCGUCUCUAAGCCAUCUAGAUUGUAUAUACGUAACCAGAAAAGAGAAAUGCCUGUUGAUCACAUCUGGUACCACCCAGACCGAACACGUUUCAACACGAGAAGUCCCUCAGCUGGAGUGUGACCACGAGGAAGCAGAUACGCGAUUACUCCUUCACUACAAGGCUGCAGCACUUUCCCAUCAACGUAUCAUCAUCAAAUCACCAGACACAGAUGUGUUUGUACUUUUUAUUGCUAUGCAGAAGACCAUUGGCAAGGAACUUCUUAUGACGACAGGAACUGGCAACAAAUUUCGUCUGAUCGAUAUUUCUUCAAUAUUGAAUGUACUUGAUGAAGAGUUAUGCGCAUGUUUGCCAGGAUUCCAUGGUUUUUCUGGUAUAAGGCAAUGUUUGCUAAAUUUUAAAUCAGUUAUUUUUAGACGACUAAAUCGGUUUUAUUUCUUAUCAGUUUCUUUCUUCCUGUUUUUUAUAGGAUGUGAUUCCACCAGCGCAUUCCUGGGCAAAGGUAAAGUAAAACCUUGGAAGGCACUGCAAAUGAAUCCGAGAUUCAUGGAAAUUUUUUCUCAGUUAGGAAGAUCAGCUGAAGUAUCCGAUGAGCUUGUCGUGUCACUGGGUACAUUUGUCUGUCUUCUUUAUGGCGAACAUGUGUUGAUGAGUGCAGAUACCAGCUUUUUAAGUCAGGCAAGUAUUCCGACGAUGUUCUUCCUCCAGAUAGUGACAGCCUUCGGCAACACAUUAAAAGAGCAAACUUUCAAGCACUCGCGUGGAAUCGGUGCCUACUAG